AUGAAGAAGCUUGUCACUCCGAAGCUUGUCACUCCAAGUUUGAAAUUGGUUCAUCAUGCUCAAUAUGUUGAGCAACUUCAACAUAUCAAAGUUCUCUAUACGUCAUCUCUCUCUAAUAACAGUACUAUAGUUCAGACAUCUCUUGAUCAGUGGAGUACUUCUCAGAAAAAACUCUAUUCUUCCUAUUUUGAUUUUCACUUAGUCAACACGAUUAUUCCACUAUUUGAAAUGGUUUAUGCUUUGUGUGGUUGUAAACUGGACGAAGUAUUUGCUAUUCUUAAUGAUCCUUCAUAUGUCUGUCGUAUGCUAUCAAGGGAAAAAUACCUUUUGACUGUGGGAUCAAUUGGAAGUGUAUGCGCCAUUGGUUAUGUUAGAGCUUUUUUGGAGAAAUUUGAGCAACUCCCUAAGUCUUAUGGGAAGAAAACAUUUGAUUUUUGUGAGCAGCGUGGUCUUAAGCUCUUUAUGGAGUUUACCGGAUUGACCAAACGAUUUGCUGCGAAGGGGAAGACUGAUAAUCCUAAGAAGGAUCUUGGUAAGGGGGCGACUGCUGAUGAGGGUAAAGAUGUUGGAAAUUCUGCUCUUGAGAAGGAUCUUGGUAAGGGGGCUGCUCCUGAUGAGGGUAAAGAUGUCGGAAAUUCUGCUCUUGAGAAGUAUCUUGGUAAGGGGGCUGCUGUUGAUGAGGGUACUGAUGUUGGAAAGUCUACUGUUUGAUGCUGCUGAGACUGUAAGGGUUCUUCUUGAGAAGAAGAACAACAAUGGUGGGAUUAAGGUAGUUGUCAAUAUCUUCAUUGCAGUUGUUGGAAAUAAUAUUUCCAACUAGAAAUGAUGUUAGGCUAAUAGAAUUUCUGAUGAGGGUAGUGAUGUUGUUGACUGUUGAUGCUACUGAGACUGGCUGUGGAAAUAAUAUUUCUAAUAUUUCCAACUAGAAAUGAUGUAUAGGCAAAUAGGAUUUGCAUAGAGAA